AGCCAAUCAGAAUUUUCAUUCGAGCCCGCUUCAAAGACAUGUACUGUAGCUAGCUAUUAAACCUUUAGCAUCAAAACAUUCCUCAAACGUCCUACUUUUGCCCAAUUAAACAGCCAUGUCUAUGUGCGACGACACUCUGCUCUGCAACUACCCAAAGUGUCGGGCGAAGCUGUGUGGGUUCGCCUGGGUCACAGCUUGCUCUCACGCCUUCUGUGACCAACAUGGAUCCGGAGAGUUCAGCCGCUCCCCGGCAAUAUGCCCGGCCUGCUCCUCUGCACUCUCGGGAAAGCUGGACAUCGUGCGCACUGAGCUGUCGCCAUCUGAGGAGUACAAGGCCAUGGUGUUGGCGGGACUGAGGCCAGAGACAGUACUGGACAUAAGCGCCCGUGCCCUGGCUUUCUGGACUUACCAGGUGCACCAGGAGCGUAUGUUCCAGGAGUACAGUCUGUCCCGGGCCGAGGGUCAGGUGAAACAGAUGGAGAAGGUGCUGACCCAGCAGAACCAGAGCAGAGAGCUGGAGCUCAAUGCCAUGAGAGGGGAGGUCACCUCACUGAAGAAGGUGAUGGAGGAGUACAAGAGGAAGUACAGUGAGGUGUCAGAGCGUCUGAUGGAGAGGAACAGACAGUACCAGAAGCUACAGGGGCUCUAUGACUCGCUGAGGCUACGCAACAUGGUGGUGGGGGACAGAGAGGCACCACGCCAGCCAGGACCCCCGGAGUUCAACACAGGGGUGGUCAGGCAGCCCUCUCCCCGAGGGAGUCCUCACUUCCUGGGCAUGGGCCCUGAGGGGGACAGCCGCCUUUUCUCCUCCCUGGAGCCCGAUGCUGGAGCCAAGACCUUCUUCCAGUUCAGCUCUCCUGCCAGAGACAGGGGCCGGGCCUUACUCAAGAAAUACUGAGACUAGAAUUCCAAUUCUAGAACUCCAGGAUUAGAAUGAAUAGAAUAAUUGUGUCUGACUGAGGCAACGCUGGUUGGGUACCUGGCUGCUGGAUCAAUGACAGCAAUAUCAUAGUGUAGACUGUCAGGUUAUCUAAGGAUGUUUUGAUAUUCAUAUUGUAGUUGCCUUUUUCUUACCCGAAGUUACUAUAUCUUAACAAAAUGCUCUGAUACAACAUUUAUGUUUGCAUUGCACUUAUUUUGUCAAUAAAAUUCAGCAUGACCAUUGUAAGAAAGGUGUAUGUUAUUCUAC